ACGCUGACAGACUAGCUAAUUAGAAGUUGUCUAGUGUGGUGGUAGUGUGCAUUUUCACGAGCAAAGCUGUUCUUGAGAACAAAGGAGCCCACACUUUUGGUGGAGAGGCAGUAAGAGGAAUAGUCGGGCCUACUCGCCUACUAGCCCUAUAGUUUUGCAGCUUCUCUGUUCCUUCAGCUGCUAAGGGAAGGAGACACUGAGAGAAGGUCACUUCAGAUUAUCGGGCUGCCCUCUCAAUCAGCAGACAUGCGACAAAAACAUACUUUGACGGAGUGAGCGGGUGACACGCAGACGGAAGGAGAUCUGACAGAAGGCCGCCACGAAGGAAAGAAAACAGUUCUAGCACCGUCUUCUGCCUGUGGUUGAGUAGCACAACGCUCCCUACCACCCACCCCUUCCACCAGCCUCCACCCUACCCCACCCCCACACACACCCACCCACAGGAUGAAGCUGAAGGAAGACCUCAACCCCAUCCUCCUGCUGCUCUUCCAGCUGACCGUGUGGCUGUACUCUCUGCUCACCUUCCUCCCCUCCUUCCUGCUCGGCUCCGUCUCCGACCAGGGCUUCGGCUCGGAGCAGGAGCGGGCCCUGAGGCUCAAGGCCCAGUCGGCGUCCGGCGACCCCGCAGGGCCGUACCGGGACAUGAGCGCCACCAAGAGGCUCAUGUCGUCACUGCGCCCGGGGAUGGACUCGCUGGACAAGGUGUUUGAGGACGCGGCCAAGAGGUUCCCCGAGAGAGACCUGCUGGGCACCAGGGAGCUCGUUAAGGAGGAGGACGAGAGGCAAGUCAACGGCAAGGUGUUCAAGAAGGUGGUCCUGGGGGAGUACCGCUGGCUGUCCUAUGAGCAGACCCACAGAGCAGCCUCCAGGUUUGGCUGUGGCCUGGCCGCGCUGGGACAGAGGCCCCACAACAACAUCGCCAUCUUCUGUGAGACCAGGGCGCAGUGGUUCAUCGCAGCCCAGGCUUGCUUCAUGUACAACUUCCCCCUGGUCACCCUGUACUCCACUCUGGGUGGUCCGGCCAUCGCUCACGGGCUCAAUGAGACAGAGGUCACACACAUUAUCAUCAGCAGGGAGCUGCUGGAGACCCGACUGAAGGCCAUUCUGCUGGAGGUCCCUAGGCUCAGGCACAUCAUUGUCGUGGAUGACACACCCACCAAGUGGCCAGGCUACCCACGAGGCAUCACUGUUCACAAUAUGGCCGCCGUUCAGGAGCUGGGCACCAAGCCAGAGAACGUGGCCCGAGGUCGGACCCAGCCCCUCCCCUCGGACAUCGCCGUCAUCAUGUACACCAGUGGCUCCACAGGCAUGCCCAAGGGCGUCAUGAUCUCCCAUAGCAACAUCCUCGCCAGCAUCACAGGCAUGGCAGCGAGGAUACCCAACCUGGGGGAGGAGGACACCUAUAUUGGGUACCUUCCACUGGCCCACGUACUGGAGCUGAGCGCCGAGCUGGUGUGCGUGGCACACGGCUGUCGUAUCGGUUACUCCUCCCCGCAGACUCUGGCGGACCAGUCGACCAAGAUCAAAAGAGGCACCAAAGGCGACACCAGCAUGCUACAGCCCACCCUCAUGGCCGCUGUUCCGGAGAUCAUGGAUCGUAUCUAUAAGAAUGUGAUGACCAAGGUGGAGGAGAUGAGCUGUCUCCAGCGGACUCUCUUCAUCCUGGCCUACACCUACAAGCUGGAGCAGCUGGCCAAAGGCUACAGCACGCCGCUGUGUGACAACCUGGUGUUCAGGAAGGUGCGUUCUCUGCUGGGGGGCCGCACGCGGGUGCUGCUUUCGGGCGGGGCGCCCCUCUCGGCCGCCACUCAGCGCUUCAUGAACGUGUGUUUCUGCUGCCCCGUGGGCCAGGGCUACGGGUUGACGGAGACCUGCGGUGCCGGAACCAUCAGCGAGAUGUGGGACUACAGCACUGGCAGAGUGGGAGGCCCCCUGGUGUGUUCUGAGAUCAGGCUGAAGGACUGGAUGGAGGGUGGGUACAGCAGCACGGACACGCCCCAUCCCCGAGGAGAGAUCCUGAUUGGCGGGCCCAACGUAACCAUGGGCUACUACAAAAACGAGGCGAAGAACCAGGAAGACUUCUUCGUGGACGGUGGGGGUCAGCGGUGGUUCUGCACCGGGGACAUUGGAGAGUUCCAGCCUGACGGCUGCCUCAAGAUCAUCGACCGUAAGAAGGACCUGGUGAAGCUUCAGGCAGGAGAGUAUGUGUCACUGGGCAAAGUGGAAGCCAUGUUGAAGAACUGCUCUCUCAUCGACAACAUCUGUGCUUACGCCAACAGCGACGAGACGUACGUGAUUGGCUUUGUGGUGCCCAAUCAGAAGCAGCUGCUGGCGCUGGCGGAGCAGUACCGUAUCCGGGGCUCGUUCGAGGAGCUGUGCGAAAACCUGGCUAUGGAGGAGGUGGUGCUGACGGUCAUCACAAAGGCUGCCCUCGCAGCCCAGCUGGAGCGCUUCGAGAUCCCGCAGAAGAUCUGCCUGAGCCCCGACCCCUGGACCCCGGAGACGGGCCUGGUGACGGACGCCUUCAAGCUCAAACGCAAGGAGCUGAAGACGCACUACCUGAGCCACAUCGAGAGGAUGUACGGCGGGAAAUAGCGUGGAGAGGAAGGGUAUCUGCGUGUGUGUGUGUGUGUUUUACGUAGGUUCACGUGUCCAUGUGUGUGACACCCGAGUCAAAUGUUUGUCCAAGCACAGAGCCAGCACCUGCCUCAAAGACCCCCCCCCCCCUCCCUCUCUCUCCAUCUGCCUGUCCCUGAAAAGACGACCCCUGUCAAACCAUCAUUACUUGAAUCCAUUUUGUUCUCCUGAGACCAAAAAAAGAAAAUACAGAAUGAGUGGGAACUAUUUCAAUCAGGAGAGGACAGUGAAGGAAGAUGAUAGAAUUGAUUAUUCAACAAGCAAUAUGUGGUGAUUAGACUGGGUUUGGCGGUAAGACACAAUAGGGAGAUUUGGUGAUCGAGGGGCUUCUGCCCUGAGCAACAGCAUGAUAACCCCCCCCUUAGAGUCCAGACACUGGUGGUGAUGGCUGAUGACUCUGCUGAAGGGAAGGUGGAGCUGGUGAGUCCAUGAAGGAAGGUGGCGUUGGGGAGGUGGAGGGGCGCGCACAACAGCACAUGAACGGACCGAAGGCAGAGAGAGAAACCUAUUUAACGAGACGGCAGCGAGACGAUUGGCCAGCGGUGAAGGUGUGUCAAUGUGCUAUUGGGUAGAUGUGACCAGCUGAUAUCCCAGUUGACAGCCCAGGCAUCGACAGCGAGAAAAAUAUGAGUAAGCUUUUGAGAGAGGUGUGAAUGGGAUAGUAUGAGAAAUAACGUGCCGAAGCAUGUAGAGGUCUGAAGUUUCGCUCAAGCUGCAUUACUGUACCGGAAAAAAGGAGGCCGUUGUUGCAAUGUCAUAUCUGUUAAUACCUUACCUUUACCUAUCUAGAUAGUACUUUCUCUCCAAAUAAUAGUAAGUAGAUAUGUCUGUUUGGAAAGAUACGGUUGAUUUAUCCCUGCCUGUCUUUGCCUAGCCCAUUUUACCAGAAACAUUUCAGAAAUGAGACAGGAUGCUGUGUUAGCCCUAAAUGAAGCACAACAGGAAGUAGUUUGAUAGGAUACAACUUCGGCUUGUUUUUUUGUUUUGUUUUCCAUAUUUCUCCUGGAGUUGUUAUUUUCUCCUGUCACGGUUUCUGGAUUUUUUUUUUUUUUUUUUUUUUUUUUUUUUUUACAUUAUAGCUGUCCAGGGCUCUCAUUGGCUGAUUCUCUGGCCAUGUCCUAUAACCAGUAGCAUCCACUUGUGACGUCCAGAUUUUAAUCUUCCUGCAGGACAGGAAACUAUUAGCAUUUGUUUUUUUUGUUGUUAAAUUUGUUUUGAAUCUUCAGUUUCUUUUUGGGGAUUCCCUCACAAAAUCUUUUGGCUUUUAUUCACAUGAGAUCUUCCUCUUACUGUGUCAGCUCUUUAGAUCCUUCAAGCGCUAGAACCGUCAGGGCUACAUUAGAGUCCAAAAAACCAGAAACCUCUCACACAGUGAAAUACUGCCAUUUUAACACCUUAGAAAAAUACUGAAAAAUGAAAUGUUUAUGAUCCUUUCUAAACCUGUGCCCGCUUUAAGGGUGUAGUUUAGGGUGUGGUUAGUACAUAUUUGCAGUAUAGGACAUGUUUGUAAACUCUUGUAGGAUUCUGUAUGUGCGCACUUACAGAUAUUGUGCUGGAUACUCAGCUCCUGUUGUUAUUACCAUGAAACUGAACACUGCAAUAUAUCCAAACAAGGCCCCUUUUUUAGAUUUAAGAGGUAGGCACUUGUGUAUGGUGGAUGAUCAAAUUUUUUAGAAGGUGUGUGUGGUUGUGUAGCGUCUUUACAUCCAACCUUUAUUGACAAGGAUUGUCAUCAGUCAUACUGUAUCUGUAAUAAUUGUGGAUGUGUGUGUAUUUAUGCAAACACGCGUGUCUGGGUGUGGCCUCUCCCUAUGCUUCGAUAGAUAUCUAAGACACCAAGCAUAUAUGGCAUCCAAACUCUCCUUGACACAGACCGUGUUCUGUACAUUCACAGUUGACACGUUGCCUUUUGGGGAUUUCUAAUUAUUUCGACAUUAACCACCACGUAAAUCAUUUCAUAUGAUACUACACAGCAAUGAUAGUGUUUCUUGAGAGAAUGUGUGGUACUUUUUCCCUGAAAUAACAUGCCUUUUUAAGUACAGAAUAGGCCUACUUUGUCCUGUACUGUACAUAUGUUGGUGGGCAAUGGUCACCGGAUAAAGCAAAUUUAAAAUCUGUAUUUUGAAUCUAUUUAAGAUAUUACAUAGAAUGGUUUUGGAGCUCCUAUCUGUAGGGAGACCUGCCUUGUAUUAUAAGCGCAUCCAACUAUAUUUAUUUGUAAUUUGCCUUGAAUGAUUAAGUAAAGAUUGUGUUUGGUCUAGAAA